UGCACCACACCCUGCGCUGACCUAUCGCUCAUGUCUGAAUUAGGAUCAGACUGCUACCCAACGUCAAUCCGGUACACAGCCUGCCAAGGCGUCUGGCAGUCGCAAUGGGCAGCCAUAUGCUCAAAGCAGCGCGAGGCAAGGCGCGAGAACUACCGGGAGUCGCCGCGAACAGGAUCACGACGUACCACCGAGCAAGAGCCCGGGGCCGCACCCGAUGGCACGACAUAGCGUGGGCCGGCAGCGAGAGCAGACAGCGGGGUCAAAUGCCCGGAGGAAGUCCGGACAGUUGAAUGGAAAGGUCGCUGGCAACAAUGAAAACAAUAGGUCUGAGUCAGAUGAGUCUAGCGAUGACGUUGCGCCACCUUCGCCAAGAGUCAAGUUUGAGCUUCAAGCCGGAACAUUACCCAAAUCGAUUCUUAAGAAGCCCCAGAGAGUGUAUGGCAGGGGUAAUGUCGGCGGACAAAUUGAUCUCAUAGAGACUGUCAACAGAAAGCGCCAAUACAGGCGAAUAAUGUCGCCUGCUUGUGUAACAUGUCGUCGCCAUCAUGUUGGGUGCUGGAUCUCGUUGAGCCCAGAAUAUGUGGAGUCGCGUGAAGGGCCCUUUGCAUGCGACAGGUGUCACAAGAACAGACAGGCGUGCAUCGCUCCCUGUGACGAUGACGAGUAUGGCAGGCGAAGUAGGUCACGCUCCAGAGGACGCAGUCGGUCCGUCAGGCGGCACUGCCGUUCAUGCUCAUGUGGCUCGUCGGCAUCCCGCUCGCGUCGGUCGUCAUCGAGGUUGCGGUCGCGGUCAAGACGUCGGUCCGUGUCCUUUGCAAGUGAUGUAGACAGCUCUACGUCGUCUGAGGGCGACAACGAUGAGUCUACUCACUCCAAGCGGAAGCGGCGGUCACCAUCGCAUCGAGGGCGUAGCUCAAAGCGACGUCAGUUGGAGCCGCCCGCGGGCACGUCGUCUGCAUGUACUAGUAGGGCCUCAGGGUCCAAUCGCACCCUCGACAAUGGACCGACACCGAGUACGGUGGAUGAAGAUCUCACUCAGGAGAUCAGUACUCUCAGGAAGGACAUGCAGGGCUUGUCGGCUAAUGUGCUUGUCCUAUCGAAUAGUGUCGGAGAGCUGAAGCGACAUAUCGCUUCGUUGAGCAAAGAUCCUCGAUAGUCAAGUUAAUGUAUGUUUGGACAUGCAAACGAGUUGGCGGGGUGCUAUGCGACCGUCAAUUGAUCGCGUGUGACCUGUGAGUCACUUGUAGCAUGCGGUGAGCAUGGACAUAUCCGCGUUGUGGACAGAGGUCUAUACAAUCUACGGCUUGCCAGUUUACUCUUUGAGAUGCUUUGAGAUGUGCUUGAGUUUGUCGCCUCAUGAUCUGAGUCGUGCUCUCGAUGCCUACGUGGGGUAUCAUCACCGCCGCGUCACACACGCCGCCAUUGAUGCGGCAAUGGCGUUGUUGAACUGCGCUCGCUCAGGCUGCGCCCUGACCGGCCUGACCCCAACCUGGCACUCAGGUUUUCAUGAGCACUGACCCGCCGGGCCGCUCGGUUUCAGGACGGUGAG